AUGUUUAGUCGGUCCCGGAAGGGCUCGAAAGGGUUCGGCUUUGGAUCUUCGAGCUCCAAAGACUCCCAGGUCAACCACCUUGUCGAUCUUGGUCUUGUGAACCCCAAGGCCGUUCAAGAACCCUACCGCCCCGGUACCGCGGCCACUGCGAGAACGAACAACACUUGGACGGAUGCGCCGUCUUUCCCCGAAAAGAACGUCUCAAUAGCCCGCGGUACUGGUCAGCGCUCCAGCUCGUCAGUACGAUCCGGGGGCAGCACCCAUCGCAGAGGCGACAGCUACUCAUCCAACAAUAUGGCGUCCGGCGCCGGCCGCAACCGGAGGGAGCGCACCUUUGUGGGAAGCGAAUGCGCCGUCUGCGAGGAGCCACUGGAACACACGUUGCAGGGCGAGCGCAUACUGCAAUUCUCCUGCUCCCACGUCUCGCACGAAGCCUGCUUUUACGAGUUCAUCCGCGAGUUCGAAGCGCAGUACUGCCCGUCGUGCGAUGCGCCGCUGCAUCUCGACACUAGCCGAGGCGGCAAUGUCUUGGAUAUCGGUAAGCGCCCUCCCAUGUUCCGCCCGACCCGAGACACUGCUAAUCCGGCCCACGCGAUAGAGAAGAUCAGCAGCCUCGUCAAGUCUAGCCAUUCCACCGACAACAGAUCACACCACACGCCCACGCCCACUGCCACGCCAUGGGACAACCCGACGCCGCGGCCGACGAGCAUCGAGUCGAACCAGAGGAACAUGCCCAGCACACACACGCGCGACAGCACGGCCCGGAGCACCGGGCGGGACAGGGACAGCAGCCAGCCGCCGGCGUCGGAGCGGUACGGUCCGUCGAGGCAUGCUCGCAGCGACAGCGAGGCCACCGGCGUCGCAUCGUCUGGCGGAUACCCCGAGACGACGCAGAGCGGCCCGCCGCGCAGACACGACUACGACGUGCAGGCGAUGGAAACCACGCCGGGAAGCCCGCGCGGCAUCACGAGAAACCCGAUCCCAGCGCCGACCGUGACGGUUCGGUCCGAGUUCCCCACCAUCAACAGGUCUCGCCAGCAGCAGACCCUGACCUGCCUCAUCACCGUGGAAGUGCCCGACAACAAGUGGCGGCCCGACCCCGAAGAUCUCGGGUCGGCUCCGCCCGGCCCGCCCUCUGUCAACGCCAGAAUCGACGAUGCGUUUGCGAGACCGCCAUCGCCGGCCCGGAGCGCGCCGCGGUUCUACCCCUACGAGUCGCGCGAGGUGCUGGAGGAAAUGACGGAGAACCUCAGGAACAGAGUCGACAACUGGCAUGGGCUCGACUUUAGCAGAUUCGGCAAGCUGCGGCUGUAUGGCACGCUACGCGUCGGCAAGGACAAGCAAUCUUGGCAGGAGCUGGAGUGCUUCCUGUUCGCCGAAAUGCUCAUCUGCGUGAAGGAGAAAAGGGUGCCGCUCGCUGGCCAGUGGGACGAGAACGGCAUGCCCAAGAAGGUCACCCGUUGCACGCUGAAGGGAUCGAUUCUCAUCAAGAAGCACCUCAACGAGGUCUCGGAAACGGGCAACAUCGAUGAGAACGUCCUCACGCUGAACCUCUCCGUCGCGGAGCUGCCGCAGUUCCACCUGCGGUUUGAGAACCGGAACCAACUCAAGCUUUGGCACCAAGCCCUGCUCGACUUGAACGCCGUCGAGACGUCCCCCGUGCGCAGCCCGGAAUACGACCGCGGCGAGUUCUCGGAGACGGACGAGGACGACUGGCAACGGGGGUCGCGACAACAGAGAGUGUCGUCGGUUGCCUCGUCGUGGGGUGGUCCCAAGUCCGUCACCACGGCGCCCACCGAGUACACCAACUUCCAGAGGAGCCCGACCUUGCCGGCCUCGAUCCACGUGCCGAUCGACGUCGUCGUCGUCGUGCCCAUCUCCUCCUCGAUGCAAGGCGUCAAGAUCAACCUCGUCCGCGACGCGCUCAAGUUCAUGGUCAACACCCUGGGCGAGAGGGACAGGAUGGGGCUCGUCACCUUCGGGUCCGGCGGCGGCGGCGUGCCCAUUGUCGGCAUGACCACCAAGGCCUGGCCCGGUUGGGGCAACGUGCUGUCCUCGAUCAAGCCGGUCGGCCAGAAGAGCCACCGCGCCGACGUGGUCGAGGGCGCCAACGUCGCCAUGGACUUGCUCAUGCAGCGCAAGUACAACAACCCGAUCGCCACCAUCAUGCUCAUCAGCGACGCCUCGACCUCGGAUGCCGACAGCGUCGACUUUGUCGUGUCCCGGGCCGAGGCGGCCAAGAUCACCAUCCACUCGUUCGGUCUCGGCAUGACGCACAAGCCGGACACGAUGAUUGAGCUGUCGACCCGCACCAAGGCAUCCUACACCUACGUCAAGGACUGGAUGAUGCUGCGCGAGUGCCUCGCCGGCUGCCUCGGCUCCAUGCAGACGCUCUCCCACCAAAACGUCAAGCUCAAGCUGAAGCUGCCGGAAGGAUCGCCGGCCAAGUUUCACAAGAUCAGCGGCGCCCUGCAGAUCACCAAGCGGGCGACCGGCCGCGACGCCGAGGCCUCGCUGGGCGACCUGCGGUUCGGCGACAAGCGUGAUGUCUUGGUGCAGCUCGUCAUCGUGCCGGACAACACGUCGCAGGAACAGCUGCCGCAAGACCCCUGGGACAACAUCGUGUCGGGCCUGGAGGCGCUCGGCGGAGCCGGCGACGGCGACGACCAGCGGGUCACGUCCGUGGAGGAGGUCCCUCUGAUCCAGGCGGACCUCACGUGGGGAGACAUCCUGCGGGACGGCACGCUUUCCCAUCUGCCCCGCCCGUCCCUGCUCGCCAUCACCAUGCUCCCGACCUUGGCGAAACAGAAGAACUCGUGGGCCAACUCGCCCCCGAUCCCGCCUCACCCGAACAUCGUCCAGCGGCGCAUGGAGCUGCUGACGUCGGACAUGCUCACCCGCGCCCUGACCCUCGUGUCGCGCGGGCAGCACGACCGAGCCCACACCCUGCUCAACGAGACCCGAUCUAUCCUGAAGGGGCUCGGAAAGGGCGGCCUCCCCCCUAUUCCUCCACCAACGGCGCCGCCAAACAGAUCUCUUCCGUCUACCCCGCACCCGGGCAACGACGGCUCGCCGUCCAUCACCCCCGACCGGAAGCAGACGCCGUCCCCCACCCAGUCGGCCAACUCGUCCGCCGUCAACGGGUACCCGACCGCCGGGAUUGGGCGCAGCCGGUCCAACGACGGCCUCGGCCUGGGCGCCGGCAUUGACGCCAACACCGUCGCUGCCCUCGACGCCGAGCUUGAGAGCAGCCUCGAGUGGAUUGGCCACCCCGCCGUCUUCGGCCGCGACAGCCGCAAGGCGGUCCUCCAAGCCAUCGGAGUCAUCAGCUCCCAGCGCGCCUUCACCUUCCGCACGCCCAUCGAGUCUCUUUGGGCCGGGCGUGUCGUGGGGGUGAAGAAGCUGACCAGCAAGAGCCGCGAAUGGCGCGAAGAUGGCGGCGGCGAGGGCGGCAUAAUGGAGGAGGCUUGA